GGACGCGACGCGACAAGAGACGGCGUCCCUUCCACCGUCGAUUACACUAGCUUCGAAGCCUUCGUGUGGUUCCUCGGUUGGAGUAUACAACAACAACAAUCGCAAGCCCAGCUGCUGGUGGUCGCGCAACAGCAGCAACAUCAGCUACAGCAGCAGAAGCAACGUCAGCUGCAGCGAAAUCGGAUCGUCUCGUCGAAUCAGACGUCGUAUUUGGGAGGAGGUGACCUGCAACAGGGCCGCAAAAUGACGGACCAGCGGGAGCAGCAGCAGCAACAGCCGCAAUCUCAAGCUCAGCAGCAACAGCAGCAGCAACAACAGACCAAAGGCCACGAUGAGCCUAGAACCAAUCUUAUCAUCAAUUACCUUCCGCAAAACAUGAACGAGAAGGAGCUUUACAGUCUGUUCGUGACCAUUGGACCGGUAGAGUCAUGUCGAGUCAUGAAAGACUAUAAGACUGGUUAUAGUUACGGGUUUGGUUUUGUUAACUAUGCGAAAGCCGAGGACGCCGCGACGGCGAUAAGCACGUUAAACGGACUUCAAGUGCAAAACAAACGUCUGAAAGUCUCGUUCGCACGGCCUUCUGGGGAAGAAAUUAAGGAAACCAAUCUCUACGUUACGAAUUUACCAAGAAAUAUCACGGAAAGUCAGAUCGACGAAAUUUUCAGCAAAUUCGGCAACAUCGUGCAGAAAAAUAUAUUGAAGGACAAACUGACCGGUUUACCGAGAGGAGUAGCGUUUGUGAGAUUCGAUAAAAGGGAGGAAGCUCAGGAGGCUAUCACGCAGCUUCACGGUACAAUACCAGAAGGUGGAUCGGAGCCACUUAGCGUAAAAAUCGCGGAGGAACACGGGAAACAAAAGGCGGCGUAUUAUGCGGGCUGGCAAGCCGGAUACAAUCAAAGCCGUGGCUCGAGCGGCGUCGGGGCCGGCGGACGGGCCCGCGGCAUCGGAGGAGGUCCACCCGGGAUGGGAGUCAGCGGAGGCGGAGGCGGUGGCGGAGGCGGCGGCGGCGGCCCGGGGAUGCUGGGCCGGGCUGGCGGCUUUGGGCCCCGCGGCGGAGGACCUCACGGCGGCGGCGGCGGCUUUCUGGGAGGCAGCGGCGGCGGCGGCGGUCCCGGAGCCAUGAGGAUGGAGAAGAUACACCCGCACCGAUUCAACCCGAUCGGGAUGGGUGGAGGCGGCGGCGGCGGCGGUGGCGGCUACGUGCAGUCGCACUUCUGGUGACCGUCGCGACGUCGAGACGACGACGGCGAGGACGGCGUCACGACGUCGACUGCUGGUUGAGAGGCCGUUCUUCUCGUUAUCGAGAUAGACCCACGGGGAUUAUCGUUCGUAGCGGAAAAAAAAAAAAAUAAACUGUUGAACUGGGGGUAGACCAGGAGGUAGGUCGAGUAAAACGGGUUUUCGGGGCCAGUUGUAAGCCACAGGGGUGUACUUUAAUUGUAAGACGUAACGCGCGACGAGGUAAUUCGAUGUUAAUAGGAAUGUUAAUAACGAUUUUUUUUUUUUAUGAAUUAUUACUGAGAGUCGGAUGUUUUUUUACGCUCUAGUAUCUUACGGUAAUUAUUAUUAUGAUUGUUUAUGCAUGUUUGAUUGAUAAUAUUGUUUCAAAGAUUCAUAGUAACAUUUUAUUAUUAACAAAUAGU